CAUGCCCGCCUCGGCGCCGGUCCCCCGCCGCGCCGCCCUCCGCUCCCUUGGGACCCCCGGGCGCGGGGACGGUGCCAGGGAGCCCGCCGGGGCCGUGCGCCCCGGAGCCCGCGCGCGCCCAGCUGGUCCGCCAGUGUUUGUUGUGCCGCGAAGGCCGGACCACCGCCGCCGCUCUCUCCGCCUCGCGCCCGGCGAUUGGCUGGUGGCUGUCACGUGGGCGCGAUCAGCUGGGCCGGCUGCGGGCGGUGGGCCUGGCGGGGACCCCGCGGCAGCUCGGUGAGCCGGCCCGGGGCUCCUUCCUGCUGGCGGAGGUUUUUAGAACUUCAUCUAUCAAAAUGGGCAGAAUCUUCCUUGAUCAUAUCGGCGGUACCCGUCUGUUUUCUUGUGCAAACUGUGAUACAAUCCUGACCAACCGGUCAGAGCUCAUCUCUACUCGGUUCACAGGCGCCACUGGUAGAGCAUUUCUUUUUAACAAGGUAGUUAACUUGCAGUACAGUGAAGUUCAAGAUCGGGUUAUGCUCACUGGCCGCCACAUGGUUCGAGAUGUGAGCUGCAAAAACUGCAAUAGCAAACUGGGAUGGAUCUAUGAGUUUGCCACUGAAGACAGCCAGCGUUAUAAGGAAGGCCGUGUGAUCCUGGAACGUGCACUAGUUCGAGAGAGUGAAGGCUUUGAGGAGCAUGUACCAUCUGAUAACUCUUGAAGAAAAAAGAUAAAUCCAUCUUUUCCCAGGUCUCCUUCACUGAAAACAAAAAUCUACUUACAUACACUGUCACCUUAGCAUCAGAGUCGGAUUCAUGAACUGCGGAACAAGAGGUUGUGAGAAUCUAAGAUGGAACCUUUCUUUCUUUCUUUCUUUUUUUAAUUUUGUAUUUUUCAUCCAACAGCAGUUUGUAGAGAGACUAUUAUGCAGAUGCCAUUAAUUUUUUCCCUAUGUUUACAUCUUGAGGCAGAAGAGUUUGCAGCUACAUGGUUGGCUAUGUGAGGGAAAAAAUUGGGGUCCUUAGAGUGAAAAGGAGUGUUUUGUAUACAUUUUGAGUGGAGAAUACGUCAAGAGCAUGGUUUUAAACUUAUUUGGGCUUCGUUUUAAAUUUUCUUUUUAACCCAGUUAUUUCACUUAAUUUGCUAGCUUCAAGAAGAGAUCCGAAUCUGUGCCCAGCGCUGGAGGCUCAGUGUUAGCGUGGCUUGUGCUGGCCAUGUGCCAUAUUCUUGUUGGAGAGGAACUGUAGCACCAGAACCCAUUCUUCCUUGUCAGUCUUGACCCAACAGAUGUCACCACCACUAGUUACUUGUCACCACUUACUUGGUGUUGAUUGGAAACUUUCUGAAAUGGGGCAGAACUGCUUGGUUGUCUUUUCCAUGUAACUUAAGCAUAGUAAUAUAAAUAAAGUGAUAGUUGGA